AUGGCCGACCCGUUCAAGGUUUACGCGUCGCCUCCCAAAGAAGUGCUGCUGAACCCCAUCGCGUGGAUCCUGUGGCUGUUGGACGUUGUCGUCUGGCUGGCGACCAUCGUCCUGCCGAUCAAGUGGCUCGUUUCCUGCAUCCCGGGAGGUGCGGUAUCGGUCGAGGUGAAGAAGGGAGAAUGGCGGCUUGCGACCAGCAAGGAGCGUCUACUCACGACGCCGGUGGAGUCUGCCAGGACCGUGCACGACCUAAUGCAGCUGUCGUUCGCCAAGAACGCGGCCCGACCAGCGUGCGGCACGCGCAAGUAUCUCGGCACCCACAAGCCUGAGGGUGCGAAGUUCCCCCUGCAGAAAUUCGGCGAGACGCAGUGGACCACGUACCGUGAGCUGGGCGAGCGCGUGAAGGAUUUUGGCAUUGGCCUCCUCGAGCUGGGCCUGCAGCCGGCCCCGGCCGGCGUUGACCUGCAGACGACGGACAAGCCGCAUUGCCUGCUCAUCUUCGAAGAGACUUGCGCCGACUGGUCGACGGCGUGCCUGGGCGCCUUCACGCAGUCGCUCGCCGUGGCCACUUCCUACUCGACGCUCGGCAUCAGCGCCGUGGCGCAGUCCGUCAACGAGACGCACGCGAGGGUCAUAGUGUGCAACGUCAAGGACGUCGACAAGGUCACCAGCUACUGCCAGGACAAGUGCCCCUCGCUGGAGGCCGGAUUUACACUGAGAACAACGCGAUUGUGUCGACGAAGCCGAAACCUGAGGGCAGACUCAAGGUGA